UUAACGAAAUUCGUAUUUAACAUAAUAUUUGAUGCAAGUAUUAUAAAAAAUAAAUAUUUAUUAAUUUUUGCAUAAUGGAUUUACGAGAUCUUAUCGCAAAAAAGAGAUCUUCAUUAAAAUCAUGCAAAACAGUGAUAACAGAUCCACUUGGCAAUAAAUAUGAAGUUGAACAUGGCCAAGUGAAGAAACUAGAAAAAAGUUUGCCGUUCGUAGUCGAUGAAAGACCUGAUUUGCAUAUCGCUAGUAUAAUACCAGGAUUGUAUCUCAGUUCUCAAGAUCCAGCGGUUUGCAAUGAUAUAUUAAAGAAAUUUGAAAUACGACAUAUUUUGAGUAUAGGUGUCAAUAUCUCUGAGAAAUAUGACGACGUUCAGUAUCAUACGUGUGACUUGUUAGACUUGCCGGAAUCGAAUAUAUUACCAUCGAUAAAAAAAUGCAUCGACAUCAUACAUGCAAAUCUUAAAGAAAAUAUUCUUAUUCAUUGUAACGCUGGCGUUUCUCGUUCUCCUAGUAUUGUUAUCGCUUACUUAAUGAUUGCUAUGAAAUUGUCAUACGACGAAGCUUAUAAUACAGUGAAAAGAGCGAGAAGCUGUAUUAGACCUAAUGAUGGAUUCGUGAAACAACUACGUAGUAUUGAAAAUACAACCUUUGUUUACGAAUUAUAGUGUUUAAAUUUAUUUAAAACUGACAAUUUUUAUGAGUACUUGUACUACGCCGACUUACUUACCAGUACCUUUGGCUAAUUCUGGCAUGUAUUAAUCUCAUAAUUAGGAAGAUUAAUACAUGCCAGAAUUAGCCAAAGGCCAAUAUAUAUAUAUUCGCAAUUUCAUGAAUUAUUUUAUUUCGAGCUGAGAUCGAAAGGGCAGAAAAGAAUGUAUGCACACAAGAAAUGGAUAAAUAGAUCAAUGAAUGUAGUAUAUUGUUACAAUAUAAUCCAUGUGUUAUAACGUUAUUUACUUAUGUGUACAGAGAAUAUUGUUUCAUGUAAUUACAAUAUAUUUUAUUAUAACUCAUUAGAAAAUUAUAUUCAUGCACAGCAUCUAUGAAAUUCUUAGCCAAAACUAAGCAUAUUAAAAUUUACUAAUUCUGGCUUUUCCUUACAUUUACCAUGCAUUGGAGAUGACACAUAGGUCGCCGUACCAAGUAGAUUUAUAAAAAUUACUGUAAAUCUAAAAAAUAUAUAAGUGAAUUUCUGUA